UUUAAUGAGUCAAUCCCAGGUGUCUACACGCAACAGAGAAGAAUGAGAAUAUUGAGGAAUACUCGAAUGUCCAUUAGUUGCAGCGUCCGUCUGUCUGUCGAUUCGGGAAGGUAAAAUGGGAUGCGGAAGUCCAGGCGGAUACAAAGGGUGAUAAUUGUUUCUCUCGGACGGCACAGCAGGAGGGGGAGAACGAGGAGGAGGAGUAUGAUGGGAAUGGGCUUGCUCAACAACUCUAGGCCGUACGUUUUGAAGUUCUGUCACCGUAUCGUCAAGCAUUUCACGUGUAUGAGCCACCGGAGGUUGUAUCGAAAGCUCACGCAUCACAUCAUCACGGAGCUGCUGAGCUUCGCGAAUUCGCUCAGGAACAUUCAAAAGCGGAUGGUUUGUGAUACUUGGACUUGGAGGACAUACAAAGCUGUUUUGGAUACUCGAACCACUUACAAUGAUAGCUGCCUCCCGCCGUUUCCCCUUCCCAUUAUCCUGUACAGGGGUAGCCGUGACAGGACGCGAGCUUUCUCCCAGCGGUCGCUGUGGAACUUGUUGAUCUUCCCCAAUGUUUAUGUGGAUUCCCACAUUUCCUCCAACCGAGAGCUGUGUAUUCGGGAUAUUAAUAGCUUCCGCUAUAUUGCGUCUCACUCGCAUUCCAGCUUCGAGUUGUUGGGUGGUCAGAAUGUAGUGCUUUAUCACCUCGGCCACAUACUCUUUACCUUCUCCAGUCGGACUGCCUAUCAACAACACAACUCUACGGCCUGGGCCGAGUACAAUGUUCAAAUUUGGGCUAGCGAUUUGCAUUUCGCCCGCAGGUAUCAAACAAUUACAACCAGGCCCUGGAGUAGCCUCUUCGAUUCGGAGAAGAUAAUCAAUCGGACCAACCGGGAAGAUUACAUGUCCGCCGAUAUGUACAUGAGAAUGUUGCUGGAGAGCGAGAAGAUCCUCUGUGGGGUAUGGCACAGGGUGGUCAUGUUGAAGCGCAGAAUCUAGGUGGGGGAAGCCAUAGUCAAAUACACGAGGACUUGCAGGCCUGGGUGCAAUUGUGGAGACAGUGUUAUCCUGUCCAUUGAGAGCAUAUGUACCAAAUGGACUCUCAUCUGGUCCGUCAUUAGGUCUGUUGGUUUGAGUUUUGGGACCCCUCGCAGGAGCUGUUGUA